AUUAACUGAUAGCCUCAUCAGUCUGACGGCGAGACUAGCGAGCUAGGUUUUACCACCUAAAUAGCUUACCUGAUUAAAUCGGAGUUUUUCAUUCCCAAACGCAGUCAUGGUGAUCCUGUCAAAGAAGCCCAAGACCUUCGAGAUCUUGUUCAAUGAUCCAAGCAAGCUCUUCUACUGCAGUGGAGACAAAGUGGCUGGGAAAAUUAUCGUGGAGGUGUCUGAGCCGACAAAAGUCUCAGCAAUGAAAGUUUAUGGAAUCGGAUGCGCCCAGGUGCAAUAUUCAAAAGGCAAGCAGAAAUGUCGCGAUGAGAUCGACUAUUUGAAAUAUGCAGACGUUGUCCAUCUGGAUCAAGAACUCACAGAUUCAGAUGGUUGCGUGACACUUCUGCCCGGGAACAGAUACGAAUACAUGUUUGGAUUUGAACUCCCUCAGCAUGGACAGCUGGUGUCCUCCUAUGAUGGGAAGUUUGGCCAUGUGCAUUACUACGUCAAGGCCUUGAUGGAGAAGCCCUGUCAUCCAACUGUGGAGUGCAAGAAAUUCUUUGAAGUUGAAGAGCCCAUUGAUGUGAACACCCCUGACCUGAUGGCCCCUGUCGGCGGGACAAAGGACAAGAAAGUGACCUGUAUGUUCAUCCCCGACGGCAGCGUCUCCAUCCAGGCCAAGAUCGAGCGCAAGGGCUACUGCGAGGGCGAGGAGAUCAGCAUCAACGCCAAGUUCGAGAACACGUGCUCCCGCAUCGUGGUACCCAAGGCGGCCAUCAUCGCCAAGCACAUCUUCCAGGCCAACGGGCGCACCAAGACCAUCCGGGAGAAGCUGUGCGCCGUGCGCGGCAACCACAUCAUCUCGGGCAUGUGCGACAUCUGGCAGGGCAAGACCAUCCGUGUGCCCAAGCUGAAGCCCACCGUCCUGGGCUGCAACAUCAUCCACGUGGACUACUUCCUCAUGGUCUACGUCCACAUCCCCGGCAGUGAGAAGCUGAUCCUGGAGCUGCCGCUGGUGAUCGGCACCGUGCCCUACAACGCCUUCGGCAGCCGCACCAGCAGCAUGUGCAGCGAGCAGAGCAGCGCCAUGCUGAGCGCGGCCGGGGGCAGCUUCGCCUCCCGCCUCACCACGCUCUCCCUGCCCCCCAGCUACAGCGAGAUGCCUUUCCAUCACCUGGACGCCAACGUCCACACGCCCCUCCUCAGCCGCCACGGGGACGAGGACGAGGACGGCAUCAUCUACGUGCGCGCUCCACCUGCUUAUACUGAGGUGGAUGAUGGCAUCCAGUUUCAGUUCUCUUCCUAAAUGGCCGGUGGAGAGAUGAGAUGAUUUUUUUAUUUUGCACUUUUGCAAAUCUGUCGACUUGGUGGAGAAGAAGGUCUAAGUGAAGAGUGUGAUCAGCAUUGAUGAGAAGAGGAGGAUAGAGAAGGAGAAGAGAAGAGAACACAAGAACGACCUACAAGGCAAAGACUGUUAGAGACGCGGACUAGUAGAUUUGGGAACAUUGGGGCUCUCACCACAUUUGUAUUCCUAUCGUGUAUAUCUAUCUACCAUGGAUAUUUUUAGCUGGAUUUAAAGGGGGCUGCAUUUCUGCUGUGAAGGUCGCCCAUGCGCCACAACCUACCAGCCGUUGUCCCACAGUCAUCCUAUGUGGAGUUCAGGCAGCCAUUCCAUAAGACGAGAAGAUUUAGAUGCUCACAGUUUUUGCUUAGACUUAAAACUCCACAACUUUUAGAGGCCCACCAGACAGAGAGGAUAUGUGCACCUUAUUUAAUUUGAAGAAAUUGCUAUGCAAUGUUUUUAGUUCUUUGUAUCAAAUUGCAGGUUGUUCUUACCAUUUAGUUGUGUAAAACAAAGCUGAAUGUUUUUUGCAUUUGAAUAGAACUCUUUAUUGGAGAAUGUUUGCUUAUAGCUGAAACAACUUAUUGUGUUGCAUAGGCUACAAUGAUUAUUAAUAUCAAGAAUUAAUAGAUAUUUAUUUGUUUAUAUGAAUAUUCUCAUACAUUUGUAUUUAUAACAGCAUAUUUCAUUUUUUUAUCUUCAUAAGCCCCAUGGGCUUGACUUGACUGAAAAUAAAACAUUGCUCAUGUUUAA